CCGACGAAGACUUGACCGUAUCGAUCCUGACAUCCGCGUUGUCCUGUAUAAAGACUUUAUCGGACACUCUGGUCUCCAAAAUCACCCUCUUUCGGACUAUCUCUUCCCUCCGGGAAAACAGGGUCAGAGUCUUAACUACACCGGAUCAGACCCGCGUGGUUCUCUGCAGUUCUGGAUGGUCCUACAAGAUGGACUGACACACAAAGACAACGUGUCCAGGAAACGGGCUUUGUACCUGUUGAAAAGGUGUGUCGCUCUGUCAGAGGAGGAGGCGGCUGAAUAUCCAAGCCAUUCAACGUCGGGUGAAGGAGGCAAGGAAGAGAUUAUGUUCAGAUGGGUCCCAGACCAAGCCAAGCUGCUCAGAGAGUUUUGGGAGGACUACGCCUUGGUCAUGGAGACGUUAGAGGAGAACCAGAUUCACGUGGUCCGACCAGUGCUCAACAGAAUUGAUACGUUGAUCCAAACGGCAGCGAACGAUAGUCAAGGCGUUAGUCUGUUCCACCCGUCAUGGCUGCUGUGUGUGUACCAUCGAAUGUUCCACAGCGAGAACAAGUCUGUGAUGAGGGAGGGAGUGCAUCACCUGCUGGAGCUCCAGGCACUGCGGCGUCCAUCCUUCGCCCGGGCCUUCUCACAGUUCAUAGUGGGCCCAUUCAUGGAUGUGAUGUCUGAAAGCUCCCUCUUUCACAGAACUGCAGGCCAGAGUGUUGGAGAGUGUCCUGAGCUGGCAGUCAAGCUGCAGGGCUUCAUGGUCGCUUUCUUCGACAGCCUUCCUCAGGAGAGCAGAGGUCCCGUGUUGCUGCAGCUGGUCCGGAGGUUAGGGUCUGAACACUGGUGUGCCGUCCCCAUCCUCUUCCUGUCUCAGGCCCUGUCCCGCCUCCCUCCCCGCCCCCUCCUGGGCCCUGACGGUCUGCAUGCACUCAGGGAGGUACUUCGCUGUACCAUGAUCACCCACCAGGUGCUGCUCAGAGGGGCUGCCCAGUGUUUCCUGCUCCACAGCGCCCUCUCCCUGACAGAUGUGACAUCUGUGACACUGGACGAUGUGUUUGGUUUUCUGGUCCACUUCAGAGCGGACGAGUCUCUUGGUAGGGGGACAUCCCUUUGGAAUCAGCUGUGUGACUGGCUGUCUGACAACGAAGGCAGCUUCCGGCCCAGACUCGGAGAAGCUGGUGACGGUACCAGCACCGUCCCAGAAGGAGAGACUGUGAGAGGCUACGUCCAACGCCAGAUGGAAGCCUUCCUCCGAGUCCCAGCUGGCGCAGAUGUUGUUGAUCCUCAGCUUGUGUUGUGGCGUCCUCCAGCCCAGCCGGACAGGUUACCUGAACCCGGGGAGGCUGAGCUGCUAGCCAGGGCCACCCUGCUGUGUGUGGACAUGGAGGUGAGGAGGUCAGGACAGAAAACUGCUGAUGCCAGUGCCGGUUUGGAGUCUCUCCUGCGCCCCCUACUGGACACACUGAGCAGGCUCGGUACAAAUGUUUACCUGCCACUGCGCAAGACUGACAAGAGCCUGCAGCUGCUGCUGAGACUGGUGCAGCUGAGACACGGCAGACACACCGAGGCUCCAGAACUGCAGCCAGACAGAGAGCAGGUUGACAGCGUGACGGUCUCCAUGGAAACGCUGGUUCUGGGUGCGGUGGAGUCCAUUCAGGAGUUCGUCCUUCGAAGAUUGAGCGGAGAACUGCAGGAGAUGUGUGAUGUCCAGCGGGCUGACCUGUACCUGUCGGUGCUCAGAGAGCUGGUGGUGAAGUGGCAUGUCUCCAAGAUACAGGACACCUUUUUCUCUCGACUUGUCAGAUACGCCCUGAGGACCCUACAAGCAGACCAGAUCCCCACAGUGGCUGGUCAGGUGAUUAGGGCAGUUGCCAUGGCAACAUUGGCAAUGACCUGUGAAGUGGCAGAGCUCGGAGUAUUCAGCCACCAAUCAGAGACCUUGAAUCUACUGGUAGAUCUGUCUGGAUAUUUCUACUGUCCUGAUGCCUCCCCACUCUCCCUCCCCCACUUCAACCAGACCCUGCUGAAACCCCCAGCUGAGGAACACUCAACCCGUGGCUUGGAGCCGGGUCCUCUACUCCAGGACUGGGGACGUCUGGCUGCUCGUUUCAUCAGGGAUCAGUGGGCAUGUCUGGGCUACGGGAGAAGACUUGGAUCCCCGGGGCCCCUGCAGUUCUCCAGGACCCCAGAGGCCCUCCAGGCAGCUAUAGAGGCCGUCUCUCUGCUCCCCAGUGACCUGGUGCUUCCUGUGCUGGACUUCAUGGCUUCUGUAAUGCCGCAGGUGGUGCUCUCUGAUGAGGCUCGGUGCAUAGAGGCUGUGACUGUCUCCUGGAGGCUGGUUCUGGGGCUGAGCAGUAACCCCCGGGACUUCUGGCCGGCCCUGCAGGGCUUCGUGACCAUGGCCUUCCAGCACAGCCUGCUGGGGCUCACGGAGGAGCAGGCCCCGGGUCUCACCUCCACGCUGCAGAAGAUUGCCGGUGAGCUGAUGGACCUGUCCCAGGCCAAGACGGGUGUGUUCAGUGUUCUGAUCCAGCACUGUUGCAACACCUGGCUGCCCUCCUGCCCAGGAAGUGAACCAGGAAGUGGAGGCCUAAGCCAGUCAGAUGCCGUGUUUUCCAGUGCCCUCCUGCAUGCUGACAUCCUGGCUGAGGCGUGUGUGUACGGACCUGUGUUCAGGAGAGACCAAAGGCUUAUCCAGGAGGUCCAGGUUUAUGUGGAGAGGCUUGGAGAGGAGUGUGCUGCCAACACUGCCGUGACCAGUGAUAACAGGGAUGACCAGUUCCCUCGUGUCUGUGUCUUGGCGUUUCUGAGUUGCCUCCAGCCCUCCGAUAAGCUCCAUGAAAGGCUGAUGGAAGACCUGGUUCUCCGCUUGCUGACAAAAGAUGAGGCCAUAUCAAAGUCAAAACAGCGUUACUACAGCAACUCCCUGCAGCAUCGUGUGAAGAACAGAGUGUGGCAGACACUACUAAUGCUGCUGCCCAAACUGAGAGAGGAGUUUGUGGGGAUGGUUCUGGUUCGUGUGUUUCAGGCAGGCUUCGUCAGUAACCAGGCAUCUGUCAAGUAUCUCAUAGAGUGGAUGAUGGUUCUGAUUCUGUUCCAGUUCCCUGAACACAUGGACUGUCUCUGGGCCUGCUUCAAUGUGGAUCAAGAGAAGACCAAGACCAGCAUCUGUACGUUCCUCUCUGUCCUGGUCCAUCUAAACAUCAUCCUGCCUCAUCUGAAGGAGAAGGCUCUGCAUUGGCGCAAGGCCCUGGAUGUUACACUCCAGUGGUGUUUCAGCCACAACUUCAGCGUGCGUCUGUACGCCCUGCUGGCACUAAAGAGGGUUUGGGGCCUGGAGGGGCCCAGGGCCGAAGCGGAGGAGGAGGCCGGGGGCCCAGACAGUUUGGGGGGCCUGGCAACUGUCGUCAAGGCCUGUCUGCACCAGGCGGAAGCUAUGCAGAGUACUGGAAAUGCCAAUAAGAACUGGACCAGGAUUCAGGAGCACUUCUUCUUUGGUGCCUUCCACCCUAUCAGAGACUAUAGUGUGGAAACCAUAUUCUACACAUUACCCAGCCUGUCAGAGGUGUCUGAGGACGAGUGGAUUUUGCCUGGGAAGUUUGAGAGCCUUGUGGACUUUUCCCAGAGUGCAUCUCUUCCGUUGAGGAACCCUGUCCCUGACCUGAGCCUGUUGCAUCCUGGGGACUGGAUCCAGCAGGAUAAAGGUGAGCAGGAUCAUGAGGAGCGCUGGGCGGAGGUGCAGAAGAAGAUGACCCCCUGGAGGUUAGGGAUCCAGGAGCCAGAGCUGGGCAUGGUCCCCCAACAGAGAGCAGCGCGCCUGGGCAAGCUGAACAGCGCCCUCCUGGUGGUCGCCACGCUCAUUGACAAGCCCACCAACCUGGGAGGCCUUUGUCGGACGUGUGAGAUCUUUGGUGCCAGUGGUCUAGUGCUGGACAGUCUUCGCCAUGUCACUGAUAAACACUUCCAGGCCCUGAGUGUCUCCUCUGAGCUCUGGCUCCCCCUACUGGAGGUAAAGCCCAUGGAACUAGCUGACUUCCUGCAGGGGAAGAAGAGGGAGGGAUAUUGCAUUGUGGGAGUGGAGCAAACAGCAAAGAGUCAGAGCCUCCAGGACUACAGGUUCCCUAAGAAGACUCUGUUACUGCUGGGUAAUGAGCGCGAGGGUAUCCCAGCCAACCUGCUGCAGCUGUUGGACGUGUGUGUGGAGAUCCCUCAGCAGGGCGUCAUUCGUUCCCUCAAUGUGCACGUGAGCGCCGCCCUGCUGGUAUGGGAGUACACCCGCCAGUACCUACCGCCCGCCGGGGGGAAGUCAGACUGACGUCGGCAUGGACCACCGGGACUUUCUGAACAACACACACACACACACACACCGAUGUCUCCUAUCUGUUCUAAAACACUUGAUGCACGCCGAAUGAACACUUCCCUAACAGCUCACCGCUUAUGUGUAGUUGACACCUUGCUUCUGUCACCUUGGACUCAACAAGUGCCCUUUCUGGUGGUUCUGGUGCCAGCAUUACGUUUUUUUAACCUGUUACAGUUCUGCCUUAACCAUCGGCUGUGGAUGAUAGUGAUUUUCUUUAUUUCCAACAUGCGUCUCCUGAUCCAUGGGAUUUGCCUGCUUUAGGCGUGACUAAACGUUACAUUAAUAUAUUCCAGUGUGUUAAUGACUGCUUGAUGUUUGAACAAGGUCAUGUUUGCAUAAAGCAGCAGUGUUAAACUGAAAUGUGAUUUCCCCUGACGCAGUUCUUCCUUGUUGUCAGCGUAGUUUGUGUGGCGGUUUAAAAUGGAUCUGUGAGUGUGACUGGUUGUUGAAAUUACCCAGAGACACCCACCCCAGUUUUAGAAUUUGUUCUUAGUAUUUUGUUUCAUACAAAUAUGUGCUUUUUAUAGUGGAAAAUUGUUGAUCAAAGUGAUGUAUAUUCAAGAAUAAAUAAA